AUGCUGACGGUGAAGCUGAAACCGAAGCACCGCCCCUUCUGCUUCAGCGUGAAAGGCCACGUGAAGAUGCUGCGGCUGGAUAUUAUCAACUCAGUGGUUACAGCAGUAUUCAUGAUAGUUAUAUCUGUGUUGGCACUGAUCCCAGAAACCACAACAUAUAUAGUCAUUGGAGGGGAUCUUAUCAACAGUUUCAUUACUGCUGUGUUCCUUUUCUUAGUUGCCGUCUUGGCGAUGCAAGAAAAGGAAAGAAGUCAUUUAUUCUACGUUGGAGGGUCCCUGUGUCUCACAGCGGCAAUCGUGUGUCUCAUCGAUGAGACUGUGGUCACCAAGACGAUGAGGAAUACCAUGAAAAAAGCCCUGGGAAUCGAAACCAAAGCCAGUGCCUCCGCCGCCCAAGAACCCAUCCCACCCACAAGGGCGAGUGCCAAUGCGCCCGCGGGGCUCUGGGCGCGGCUGCCCCAGGAGGCCACAGUUUCAGCCAACCCGACCCGAAGGCGGGAGCAGCGGCUACAGCCCCCGGCAGCCCCCAGAGGCCUCGCGAGGCCGCGUGGGGAAUGCUCCGCGCGGAGGCGGGGCCACCACCGGAGCCGGCGUGGGCGCGGGGGCUCCCGCGCAGGGUCUGGGCGGCCGCGGACACCCGAGGUGCUUGCUGCCGGGCGCGCCGGGCCCCGCGUGGCGCGCCGGCGGCGGGGGGUGGCUGGGCGGAGGGGACUCGCGUGCGGAGACUAG